AUGGCGGACUCCUCGAAUAAGCGCCCUCGAUCUCCCACCGGUGACUACCCUCCGAUAGCUUCCAAGUUGCCGAAGACAUCGAAUCACCUUCAGAUCAACUACCUCGCGCGCCAGUACGCGGAAAAUCUCCCCCUGGUCUCUGCCGAAGACACCCUUCCGUCCAUCCUUCGGCUCAUCGGCGAAUACGACGGCGUGCUUCAGCGCCACGAGAGCAUCGCCGGAAAUCUAGGUGCAUGUCCUCUCGGCCCCAUCCUCGUGAAGCGAUUCGAGCGCCUCUUCGACAGCCCCCCUCGUGUGCUGAAAUCUAAUGGAAAAGAAGGCACUCAUGUGACCUGGCUGGAUGUCGUCGAGUUCGCGAAGAAUAAACCCGAGCAGUUCAACUUGGAAAAGACCAGGAAUGGCGUCCGAGUCUGUCAGAUCUAUAUCAAGCAGAGUCGCGUGGAGAUCUCCGAAGAAGACUAUAUUUUGAUUGCUUCCGGCAUGCCGCAAAAGAUGAUUCCCCCACAGCCCAUCAGCGAAGACGAGGAGAAGGAGUUAGGGUCUUUGGAGAUCUUGGAAAAGAACUUGUCCCAUAUCAUUCAGUUGGCAGACCAAGUGUCCGCUCGCGCGAGACAGUUGAACCAUCGUCUUAAGAAUCGGAGAAAUGCUAUUAUUACGCGACGAGAGAACGACGCUGUUUUAACAACCCAGGGCCAACGCGCGCUCAGUCCCUGGAAAGAUUCCAACGGUGCCACAGCUACCGCGAAUGGUCAAUCGCGUCCACACUCACCAACCUCGGGGUUUGUGGCUGUAAAUUCGCGUCCGGAAUCCCACAACGACCAUAUUGUGUCGGGCAGCCACUUUACGUUUUCACAACCAAAUACGGAUAAUGUAACCAUAAUCAAUGGCACCUCGAUCAAAGGAGCCUCACCUAGCACGAGAGCGGAGCUGAUGAAGAAGUUCUUUACGACAUCAGAGCGCAGACUUUAUCCCGACGAAGACCUAGUGAACGCAACUUCCGGUCGCCAAAGCUCAAGGUCAUCACGGCCUCGUGCAUCUGAUCCUGGAGAAUACAUGGGACCAUACGCACCGGUAGCCAUUCCUAACACUCCAUCAUCGCUUCUGCCACAGACGAAGUCCACUAACCACUACGAACGAGACGACGGCGGACCGUACAAAGGCGAAAUGGUGAGCAGAAUGGAGACACUACAGCGGGGUGAACGUGUGCUUCCACCGUGUGAUCGCUGUCGCCGAUUGCACAUGGACUGCCUAAAGAAUUUGACUGCUUGUAUGGGAUGUACAAAGAAGCACGCCAAGUGCUCCUGGAAAGAGGUUAGAUUAGAGGAGCUUCGCGACUUAUAUCCUCGUAAAAGCCAGGAAAUUGCUCAAAGCACCACCUCGGACAGGACUGAAAUCGUGGAACGCACGAGUUCGUUUAACCCUGUGAAUUCCGAAGGACCAAACCCUACUGCCCGACCAGCGUCGGAGCCGCAACAACCCUCGAGGUCCUCGCCUCCCCAAAGAUCGCAGAGUGAAAACAUGGUUUCAAGUGCCGGUGAUGCCAGACGACAGGAGCCUCGGUCGACUGAUGGUCAUGGCACCAAUGGCAAGCGCGUGGAGGCUGAGGACCCGGACGCUCCGGAUCCCCUCGCUCAAGCGAUCAUGGACACAGUAACGCACCACCAGGCCCGUACCGCUGCUGCAGAACGCGAACGAAGAGAAGCUGAAGCCCAGCAUGCGAUGGCGAAGUAAGGUGGCCCUGUAAAUGACGAAUGUUGCAACGCUUUUAUCCGAGGAGUAGCCCGUUGGGUGCCAUGAUAGACGGCAAGAGAAAUGACGGUUUUAUGCCUGUUGAUGCCAUCACUUCCGAUUUCCUUUUUUUUUUUUUUUUUUUUUGCCCCCUCCCUCCCACACUUUUUUGAUGUUUGCCUUCGAUGUUCCGAGAAAAAUACCUUAAUAUCGUCGGACUUUGUGUUUCCUAUCUCUAUAGCUUUGACAGCGUCUCUUCUUAUAUGGGUCCUUAGUUGCCCCCUUUUUUAACUCCCCAUUUUCAAAGGUUAUUCCCAUUUUCAGCGUGAUUUGCGAUGUAUGUAUACGGAUAAUUGCUCGUGGCUCGGUUUUCUUUUUAGCACUUCGAGUUCUUCAGCCCGCGAAAUGUUAACAGCUCAGCUCUGGA